UUCUUUUAGCGGCAAAACUCCCAUUCGGAAUGAGGACAUUUAAGAAAACUUUACGUCAAACGACGAGCGAUAAGAUCGACGCCUUCGACGCAUACGGAUACACCGCACUGCACUGGGCGGCCAACGCAGGAUCGGCCAUCAAAAUCCAAUUGCUCUUGGAUAACAAAGCCGAUGUCAACGUUCAAGAUCAAAUCCAAGGCAAAACUGCCCUUCAUUUGGCGUUGCUAAAGAGAUUGGAAUCUCCCGCCGAGCAAUUGCUGAAAUGUGACCGGGUGGAUGUCAACAUUCAGGAGAAAAACAGGUGGACGGCGCUUCACCAAGCCGCUUUAUGGAACAACGUUCCGGCUGAUUUGUUCAAGACGAUCCUCGACAAAUCUUCAAACGUCAACGCAAAGUCAAUUUUGGGGAGAACGGCUCUUCAUUUGGCGCUACGCAAGAAAUCGGUCACUGCCGCCAAAGAGCUUUUGAAUUACAACAAGAACGGCCAACGUGUGGAUGUUAACAUCACAGAUGGCCUCGGUAAGACGGCCCUCCAUUACGCCGCCGGAUGGCCAAACAUUCCCGUCGGGUUAUUCAAAGAGAUACUCCGAAAUUCGGCCGAUGUCAACGCGAUUGAGAAAAUGGAAGAAUCAACGGCUCUUCAUUUCGCAUUGGAAAAACAAUCGAUCACUGCAACUGCGCAUCUACUCGGACAUCCAGACAUCAAUUUGAAUAUCAAGAAUAAGAAGCAUUUCCUUCCAUUUCGCUUUGCUGUCGAGUGGCGCGACAUUCCGCCGCAUCUAUUCAGCAUCAUGCUGAAGAAAACAUCUAACGCCAGAGAGAAAACUGGGGAGCCGGCGGCUCUUCAUUCAGAAGUCGACGCGAAAACGGAUAUUGCAAUUAACCCACUAACCAAAGAUGAAAAAACGGACGUCACUAAAGAAGAUAACGAGAACUGCACAUCGACUCCUGCGACGGUGGAUGUGCCAGCCAAUCAGAGUCGACUUUUAGACGAUGAACUUCCAAGAUUGCACGUGUCUCUCGGUACGUUUCUUUUCCCGUUUAUUAUACUGUGUUGUGCUACCGUUUUACGAUUUCAAGGCGGGGAUUAUUUUUAAAGCCGUGUUGAAAUCGAGAUUAUUAAAACCAAAACGCGUAAUUUGUUGUAGAAAUAGACAGUGAAUUAAAAUUAAACGAUUCGAAUGAUCUACUUGUAACAACUUACGAAGAUGAGUUAGAUGAUACAUCGCAUCAAGGAGUCAUCAAUCAGCUGGAACU